UCGUGAACCAAACAAUCAUCUAUUUUUAGUGAUAUUUGCGUCAGUUUCGCUUGUACCUAAAAAUAUCCUGGCAUCUGCCGGCUACACCCGGUUCAACAUAACCGUUCGUUCGUUGGUUCUGCCUUUGUUUAUGUGAAUCCGUCUGCUGUUGGCACUUUUUUGCGUCAUAUGCAGGCAGGUACCUAGCCAUCACACGGUGCUCCCUCAUAAGCGCUCAUUCGCGUGCCGGUUGUUGGGCAGGUUGGAUUUGCGUCUAGUGGCUGUGUACCGAAGACAAGCUAAAGAUUCUGUUUUAGAUUUUUAAGGUGAGAAAAAUGAAAAAGAUUUUCCACAAAAGAGGUAGUACGAUACUCACAGAGAAGCCGUUUGCUUGCGUUUUGCAAUCGCGUUAUCGCGCCGAACGUUGUGAUAAAUGUUUCAAAUUCGAGAAGGUAUUGAAAUGUUCCAACUGCUUGUACGUGCGGUACUGUAACCGAUUUUGCCAGAAGGAAGCAUGGUCAGAUCAUCAGGACGAAUGUGAAAAACUGAAAGCGGUUGGCUCCCGGACGGUGCCGGAUGCCGCACUAAUGAUGUCUCGCAUAAUCAGGAAGUUGCACAAAGGAGGCGACUUUCAGAAGGGUUUCUACACCGCCAAAUUCUACCGUCGAUUCGGAAAUCUCAUGACGCAUGAGGAUGAUAUCAGAAAGGACAAGACACGCAUGGAGCACUUUCAAUCGUUGGUCGUGGUUCUGCGCUCAUUGGUAGACGAAGCGGCCAUGCCCAGUAAUACCGAGCUGCUGCAAAUCUUUGGAAAGAUGUGCAUCAACAGCUUCAACAUUCUGGACGACGACAUGAACAGCAUUGGCACCGGCAUGUAUCUGGGAACGUCGAUUAUCGAUCACAGCUGCCGGCCAAAUGCCGUGGCCACCUUCGACGGAUCCACCGUCCGUAUACGGUUGCUCGAAGACUACCAUGGAGGCGAAAUAGACUUUUCGAAGAUUUUCAUCUCCUACAUCGACUUGCUGAACACGGCCGAUGAGCGUAAGGCUCGCCUUCGCUCCCAGUACUUCUUUGAAUGUGGUUGCGAGCGUUGUCGAGACGAGGAAGAACUGAAACUGAUGAACGCCGGUGCUUGCUCCAAUAUCGAUUGUGACGAACCGAUACCGAUGCUGGAUAGAGAGGUGAAAAAAUGCCCUCGAUGUGACACUGACAUCAAAGUUACCGCGAGGGAAACGUUCCGAGAGAUUUCAGACUUUACCGUACUCAAACUGGCUGAGAUGAAGGAUGUUGCUUAUAUGGACGUGUGUCAACUCUGUCUAAAGAAGCAGGAAAACAUUCUGCACUACUAUAACGUUUACUACCUAAAGACAUUGGAUCAGGCUUUCGAGAGUGCUAUUAACAUGGCGAAAUGGGAGGACGCCAUUGGAUAUGGACUGCGCCUGAAGGACGGUUUCAAAAAGUACAACGGUUCGUUUCAUCCGCUGUACGGAUUGCUGCUGUUGAAAAUUGGAAAGAUUCAGCUCUUCAAAAAACACUUCACGGAAGCUCUGACAAACAUCAACGAUAGCGAGAAGAUCUUACGUGUGACUCACGGCGAAGAGCAUGAUUUGUAUAAAACCCAACUGAUUCCACUUCUAUGUCAGGCAGCGAGCGAAUACGACUUGAUGAACAAGUGA